CAGCGACAACGGCACAGCCAGCAGCUCAGGCUUUCAGGGGACUGAUCACAAAAGGGAUACCAACAGCUUUUUGCAAAGGAGACGCAGCAAGUUCGGGAGGCACAGAGACUAAUUGGAUACAACAUCAGCAGAGUCGCGGGCGAUUUCGCGCUUGGAUUGCGCCUGCUGAGCAUCACACGCAGCCAUGUUCCGCAAUCAGUACGACACGGAUGUGACCGUUUGGAGCCCGCAAGGUCGUCUUCACCAGGUGGAAUAUGCGAUGGAGGCGGUGAAGCAGGGGGGGGCGUCGUUGGGGCUCCGCAGCGGUAGCCACGUGGUUCUGGCGGCCCUGAAGAGGGCACCGAACGAGAUGUCGGCACCGCAGAAGAAAAUCUUCAAGCUCGACAGCAACAUGGGCGUGGCCAUCGCGGGGCUCACAGCGGACGCUAGGUCGCUGGCGAAGUACAUGCGAACAGAGUGCCUCAACCACAAGUACGUGUACGGAACCACCAUGCAGGCGAGCCGCUUGGUCCUGGACCUCGCGGACAUGCACCAAAGGACCACUCAAAGCUACGUCCGCCGGCCGUACGGCGUGGGCAUGCUGGUGGCGGCGCACGACCAGACGGGGCCGCACCUGUUCCAGACGUGCCCCAGCGGGAACUACUUCGAGUACGUGGCCAUGGCGAUCGGCGCGCGAUCGCAGUCGGCCAAGACUUACCUCGAGAAGCACUUCGAGGACUUCGAGAACUGCGACCUGGACGAGUUGGUCAAGCAUGCCUUGAAGGCGUUAUCUGGCUGUGUGACCGGGGACAAGGAGCUGGACGCGAACGGGCUGACCCUCGCCAUCGUCGGCAAGGACAAGGUGUUCGAGUCGCUGGAGGGCGAACAGCUGCAGCCCUACAUGGAUGCCAUCGAGCUCGAGGGGAACGCGGCGCAACCCAUGGACGAGGGGGACGGGGAAGAGAAGGCGCCGGCUCCGGACGCAGGGAUGGCAUGAACGGCGUGAAGCCCUGGCCAGGAGGUGACAUGCUGUUCCCUGGCGACAAGAAUGACGUUUCGUUCUGUUUUGGUCUUCACACAAGCCGUUUUUAGUUUCUUUUGCUUUUUGUUGUGGCGGUCCUAUGUCGUUCGUAUUGCAGCCGGUGCGUGACGUUAGGCUCGCUUCGGUGCUGCCAAUGAGAGCUCGUGGGUCGGGGGGUCGCGUGAGUAUAGCGACCAUGCGACGAUGUAGCCUGUUAGUGGAUAGCUCGGAAACAUGUGUCCGAAGUUGGCCUGAGUUCGUGGGAUUUGACGCUCAUCUGCUCCCGUUUUCGUUUGUUGGGCGAGAAAGUGGCGCGUUUGCCAGGUGACGAGAAUGAGAGGCAGAGUUUCGGGUUUACCUAGAAACUUGCGCUUGGGACAUGUUAGCCGUUGUCCUCUUUUUGCUCGCAAAGCGGUUUCUCGACGAACAACGUGACUUUGCGCGGAGUGUACAACGUGUUCGAGUUUUGAGCUACAAUAGGCAAAAAAGUACCCCACCCGUCCACUAUUUGACGGGUUGCACCCACCCACAACGACAGGAAGCAUGUCCUCUUCUU